AUGCAGUCCCUCGUCGUGGAUGACAACGGUACGCAGCUUGCCUACAUCGACAGAGGCCCUCCGAAGACCGACGCGGCGACGUAUCAGACCGUAUUCAUAUUGCAUGGAUUGGGCUUCACAGCUGCUGUCUAUAGAAGGCUAAUUGCGAAGGCUCCAGAGCACGGAUUGCGUGUUGUAGCUAUCAACCGGCGCGAUUAUCCUGGUUCUUCGCCACUGUCUCCCCUGGAUCAGGCUGCACUCGUUGGUACCGACGACGAGAAAUCAUCGUUCCUCUCAGCUAGAGCCUUAGAAAUAUGGUCCUUUAUCAUUCGCUUUAUCAAGCAGUACAAUCCUCCGCCCCUCUCAAAUGGCGGAAGAUCCGGUGGGGUUGGGCUCAUGGGAUGGUCUCUAGGCAACGCCUUCACUCUUUCAACCAUAUCAACCAUACACUCACUCCCCGUCGGAUCGCAACAUUUUAUCAAAGAUUACCUUCGGGUGCUCAUCAUCCAUGAGCCCCCCAUGUCAGCUCUGGGCCGCCCAAACCUUCCUAAACACUGGAUGCCAAUCCUGGAUAUCACCAUUCCAGCCGAAGAGCGGCACGACAUGUGGCUCAUCUGCGUCUCCGCUUAUUUCAAACACGGAGACCUGUCUAAACGCGACCCAGAUCUCCUGUAA